CAAAGAUUCAAAGCCUAAUUCACUGCUCUUUUGUUUUUCUUUUUCUUUUUCUCACUUCAAAAGUCAAAAGAUUAAUCAAAGUUGAAGUAUAACCUAAGAUAAGAGCAUCAACUUUCAUUAACACCAACUCUUCUUUGUCCACCAAUAGCACAAACCUCAACCCCACCACAACAAUGGAUCCCCCACCUCUUCCGCCUCUCCCCACCACCAUCACCACAGCCCCCACUUCCAAUGCCAAUGCCAAUGCCACCGCAAUCCAACUCAACUACCCUGACUCCGUAGACUCCUCUCCCCGGUCCCGUGGCAAUGCCGAAACAUGGGUUGAUGAGCAUCUACCCCCUCUCCCAAAUGCCAAGCUCCGCUUCAUGUGCAGCUAUGGUGGCCACAUCAUCCCCCGUCCCCAUGACAAGUCCCUCUGCUAUAUCGGCGGUGAGACUCGUAUCGUGGUUGUCGACCGCCAUUCCUCCCUCUCUGACCUCUGCUCCCGCCUCUCCCGUACCCUCCUUGAUGGUCGUCCCUUCACUCUCAAGUACCAGCUCCCAAACGAAGAACUUGACUCACUCAUUUCUGUCACCACUGAUGAAGAUCUUGACAACAUGAUCGAAGAGUAUGACCGUACAACCUCUGUCUCUCCUUUAAAACCCUCACGUCUGCGUUUGUUUCUCUUCUUCUCAAAGCCUGAGACUGUUGCUUCCAUGGGGUCACUCCUCAACGAUGCUAAGUCCGAGACAUGGUUUGUUGAUGCACUAAACAAUGCUGGGAUACUCCCUAGAGGUCUAUCUGAUUCAGCUACCAUGGACUGUGUUUUACAUCUUGAUGGGGUUCGAGGUAGUGACUCUUGCAAUGAUGUGGAGGCUGAGGCUGAGGCUGAGGCUGAGAUUUAUACUAAUACUAACAAUAAUAAGCAGGUGAAGAGUAAUGUUCAUGAUUUGCACUCCAUGCCUGACUCAUCUAUGGUGGAGAAUACUUCAUCAUAUGGAUCGACUUCUUCGUCUCCUUCAAUGUCUAACUUGCCUCCUAUUCGUGUUCGUGUUGAGGAUCAGAAGGUUGGGAUGGAGGAACAGUUUGCACAGGUUACUUUUGCGCCAAGUGGGUUGAAGCAAGAUGAUGGGUUUGGCCUUUUGAAUGCUCCUGUUCCUCCACUUCCUACAGCUGUGGCUGCUGCAAGUACUACUGUGGCCUCAACUGCAGCUAUUCAUCCUAUGGUUGUUCGUAAUGAGACUGUCAAUCGGGUUUCCUCCGAUGAUGAAAAAUCAGAUCAUGGGGUGCCAGUUGGGUUUCGAAAGCCUCCAUUGCCGCUGCAGACAGCGCAUUUGAAGGCUGGUAUUGGAGGUUAUAGUUUGCCUUCACCAGAUUCGGUAGCCAGUGAUGGUAGCAUUUCAUCUGCAAGCUCCGUCUCAAUACCUGUGUACUAUCAAGACCAAGUUCAUGUUGUCCCUAGAGACAACAGAGGUCCUAAUAGCCCAGAUACAAAAAGUGACAUUCCAGAUUCAAGUUCUCAAACCCAACUGCAACAUAUUCAGGAUCCUGGCUACAUAUCCCAAUUGGAUCAGCAGCAGCAGCAACAACAAUUUGUUCAUGCUAGCAGCACGCAUUAUAUGCCUCACCCUGCCACAAGUCCAGUGCCAAUGUCAUCAUACUAUCCAGUGUACGCUUCGCCAUCACAGCAGCAACUUCAUCAUCCAAUCGAUCAGCAAUAUCAAAUGUAUGUAAUGUCCGUUUCGCAGGCACAACCAUACAGCAUGUCUAUGCAAUCUAACAUGGCUGACACUAGCCGCCCACUGACGCCUCCAAAUCCGGCAGCUUACAAGGAUGCAAUUCCACCCAUCUACCCUACAAAGACAUCUACAACUGCUAAGCCAGAAAUGGCUGCGAGUGGAUACAGAACAAUAGUGACACCAAAUCAGCAAUUGGUUCAAGUCCCAUGUAACCAAUUUCAGCAACAAUAUGUGGGGUAUCCUCAGAUGCACCAUCCAUCUCAGUCCAUAGCUGUUGCUUCAUCUGCUAAUCCUAAUUAUGGUUUCGAAUACACCAAUCCUCCAAAUGACCAUGUGUAUUACACUCAUCAAGCUGCGCCAUUACCUCCUCAAUACAAAACCAUGACAGCAGCAGCAGCAGCUAUAGCAUUAUCAGAUGCUUCAAAACAGCUGCCAACAGACUCACGGCAGCAGAACAGAAUGUCACAACCACUAUAAUUCAAUUAGGCAAAUACAAACAAUUUUGAGUGUGGUGGAUUUUGGGUUGGACUUUGGUUUCCUUCUUUCAUUCAAGGGUACAAAUAUACCUGCUGUUUCUCAUAUGUGAUGGAUAACAAGGGACUGAGUCAUCUUCAUUUUGCUGUGCUGCCAUUUCCAUGGAAAAAUUUAAAAUUGAUGGUGAUUGAAGCAUCAGAUCAUAAGGUAAAAAUCUGCUUUAUAUUAGUUUGUUCAAUCUAUGUAUCUCAAUAAGUUAUAUUGAACUAAUACAGUGAGGGGCUGGCUUUAAUUGAAGUUGAUAAGGUGCUUGUUAAUUUUAUCGUUUUGAGAUUGUAUUUUGUUUUUAAUAAGAAAUUGGGUAAACGAAUAAGGAUGAGAUAAGUAGUUAGAUUAGUCUUUGAAUAAAUCUUAUUUACUUGUAAUUUUCUUUUGAAUUUGAAUAUUAUGCUUAUCUUGUAAUGCCAGCUAAUGUUGAAUGAGAAUGCAAGCCGAAGAAAUC